AUGUCGAACGUGAAUGCACGCACGCUCAAUCAUGUUGAGCAGAUCACCCAGUUCCUCAACAGCUCGAAGAAGAAUCUGAGCAAGGAACGGUACGAAGACCUCCAGCAAAAGCAAGCUGAGAGUAUGGUAGAGCGAUUCAUGAACACGGGUGUUGAGAUGGACAUGGUUGGUCAGCUGUCAGACUUGAUCUCCAAGGGGCCUUGGACUUCGAAGCAGAAAGAAGACCUUCAGCUGGCGGUCAGUGAGGCCAUCGACAAGGACAUGCCAGGGAAGUCCCAGCAGCGCCGGCCGAACCAAACAUGCCGGCACUUCAACCCCUACUUCUCGAGGCAGGACUGCGAAGUUUUGGCCGAUCAGAGCACGAGCUUCGUGGACAAGUUGGACCGUAUCUCAGUCCGGGCAGUCAAGAUCGGCCUGCAUUUGCCAUCAGAGGAAACCAUUCGCGAGAUGGUCCGAGCGGGCACAGACGAGGGCUUGGUGCUGCCCGGUGAGAAGAAGGCCAAGCUCCAGGCGGUCAGGCAAUUCAAGACGUUCCUCAGGCAGAGAGUGCGGCGGCUGCCUAAAGUUCCAGUGUUACAAACCCUCCCGCAGACGCCUGAGGAGCUUGUGAACUUCAAGGACGCCUACGCGGACGAUCCUCCUGCAGGGAGGGUGAGAACCGAUCGGCAGAACGCCGACAUCUACCUGAGAGGCUCGCGAGCAGAGGCAUCGUCGUCCUCAUCCGCACAGCCGGCGCAGCAGGGCGCUGAUGCACUCCGGUUCUUGGGCCAAAUGCUGCAGGAUGCUCUGUUUGGAGGCCAAAGAAACCAUGGGGCUGAUAAUUUGCAGAACUUUCACAUAGUGAAACCCCGGCAAAAGCGGCUAAGCAACGGCAGCUCUACCCAGGUGGAGGGUGACACCCCACCGAAAGCGCUGUGCGAUGUUCCAGAAGAUUCAGAGUUGAAGGAGACUCCAGACAAGACGUCAGCCCUUCCACAGAAUACGUCGACGUCAGCCCCUGCAGAGAAGCCACCGGCGUCAGCCCCUCCAGAGAAGCCACCGGCGUCAGCCCCUGCAGAGAAGCCACCGGCAAGUGCACUGACUCCACUGACACCCAGCGCGGCAGCAGUUGCCGUGCAGAAUGCUCUGCAGACACGGAGCCGCAAGAGGGCGGCGCAAAGUGAGGAAGACAGUGAUGGGCAAGAUGCACCUACCAAAAAGAGGCCCUCCACGAAGGCAAAGCCGAAGAAGAGUGUCGUGAAAAAAGACAAAAAAGUCGAGCCGAAGAAGAGUGUCGUGAAAAAAGACAAAAAAGUCGAGCCAAAGGAGAGUGUCGUGAAACAAAACAAACAAGUCGGGAAGCCGGUGGAGGCUAAGGCUGCGAGGCCGCCGAUGAUGGAGGAAGGCCAGAGCACCGUGAUGUUCUUGGAGGGGAAGCUGCACCGCAACUCCGGUGGCUUCAGAGCAUUCGCUCACAAGAACGACCGGUCAGACCGCAAGUUCAGCUUCAAGACCCGGUCGCCGGAGGAGGCCUGGGAGGCUGCGCUGACGUGGAUCGAGGGGAACCAGCGCCCGAAA